AUGACCAGCCAUACUACCCAUCAACCACCUUCAACAUACGACGCUAGCGGUACGUUGCAAACGUUUGACGAAGACGUCAAAGAUGGACAUACAGAUCAACCUUAUAGACUCAAAUUCACUCAAAGAGCCAUGGUAGGCCAUGGUUCAUUUGGCUACGUGUACCAAAUUACGCUUCAGCCGGAAAACGAUAAAGCCGCCAUUAAGAGGGUUCUCCAGGACAAAAAGUUCAAGAACAGGGAGUUGGAGAUCAUGCGCAUCAUUAGACACAAAAACCUCGUCAAUCUUAUCUCUUACUUCUACAAGACCAACGAGACGAACGAAAUCUAUCUCCAUCUUAUUUUGGAGUACGUUCCUGAGACGUUAUAUAAGGCCAGCGGUUGGUACAUUCAGAGGCAAAGGACUAUGCCCCUAUUUGAGGUUAGAUUAUAUUCCUAUCAAAUGCUUCGGUCACUCAAUUAUAUCCAUUCCCUUGGAAUAUGUCACAGAGAUAUUAAGCCACAGAAUUUAUUAAUUGAUCCAGUUAAGGGUAUCCUUAAACUUUGUGACUUCGGCUCUGCAAAGAUAUUGGACCCUUUACAACCGAACGUUUCCUACAUUUGUUCAAGGUACUACCGUGCACCUGAGCUUAUAUUCGGUGCCCGUAAUUAUACCACCAAGAUUGAUGUUUGGUCUGCAGGCUGUGUCAUAGCGGAACUGAUUCUAGGCCAGCCCUUAUUCCCAGGAGAAUCCGGUAUAGACCAAUUGGUGGAAAUCAUCAAGAUUUUGGGCACUCCUUCUAAAGAAGAAAUCAGAUCUAUGAAUCCAAAUUAUAUGGAUCAUAAGUUUCCAACCAUUAAGCCUAUACCCCUUCAUAAGAUCUUUAAGAAUGUUGAUUCUGACAUCAUAGAUCUUCUAAGUUCCAUUCUUGAUUAUUCUCCUCUGACUAGAGUCAGUGCCGCUGAGGCUAUAUCUGCCAAGGUUUUCGAUAUAUUCAGAAGUCAGGAAAAUGCUUCCAUGGCUCUUCCCAAUUACAGAAAUUUCCGUUUGGACCAUGAGGUGCCUAUGCCUGAUCUACUUGGAUUUUCCAAGAGGGAAUUGAGCGUUCAACCUGAAUUAGUUCAUCACUUGGUUCCUGAUUGGAAGUGGAGUUGUUACCUUGAUGAUUAUGGUUUCUCAUUGGACAAUUUUGUCCCCUAUACGAAGGAGGAGUUGAUGAAUCCUGAGAUUGAAGAGUAG